GUCAACUGGCAGGGUGAGCGCUCUUGUGCUGAGCUGGGACUCAGCGUUUCCUGUGAAGGAGUAGGAUUCCCGUGGCCACUGCUAGUGCUAGGGAGGCAGUAGCACUCUUUACCAAUGUGUUUGGGGAUAGCAACAGAGCUACACGAAGCAAAUACCGGUUCCUCAGUUUCCUUGAUAUAGGCUUUAGCGAGUUGUUUUCAAAAGAGGAAAUUCUUUGGUGGUGGAAGACGGGUGUUUUACGAAAUGGAAGUUUAGUGCUGCUGUGGUGGUCUUCUCGAUUCAGUUUUGAAAGCUGCCUCACAUAUCUACUUAUGUAAGGAAAAGUUCUAGGAUUUCACUUUGUUGUUCGAGACGUAGUGAAGCAAAAGGGUAUAAGGAUCACGAUCUGGGUCUUUCCGUGCACAUUUAGCGGCUGGAAAUGAAACUUAGCCGGCAGUUCGCUGUGUUUGGGAGUGCGAUCUUUUGCGUUGUAGUCUUUUCAUUGUAUCUUAUGUUGGACCAUGGACAGUUGGAUUCCCCGGCUAUUUUGCAUAAAGGUGGCGUAUUCCCUAAGGGACAGCUUUCCAUCUUACAGGAGAAAAUAGACAACUUGGAACAUUUGCUAGCUGAAAAUAAUGAAAUCAUCUCAAAUAUUCGAGACUCUGUAGUUAGCCUAAGUGAAUCUGUAAAAGAUGUCCAUGGGAACCCAGAGUCUGUAAAUGGAAGUAAAGUAUCAUCAGACCUCCUUGCAUCAAUCCCCUUGCUUAUUCCUGUUGAUCCUCAAGAUUGUCAGUUUGCCUCAAAAAGAUUUGCUAAGUCUUCUGAUGUACAGGUUGGCUCAAGACUUUUGAUGAUUACUUCAGAGACCAGACUCAACACAUUCUGAACAACAUGGUAAUAAAGCUACAGGAAUACAAAAAGAUGAAAUUUGUGUGGUCUGAAAUAUCUUACUUUUCCAAGUGGUGGAAUGUUAUAGACUCUCAGAAGAGAGAUGCUGUUAAGAGGUUAAUAGAAGGUGGUCAGCUAGAAAUUGUGACGGGAGGCUGGGUCAUGACUGAUGAAGCUUCGUCUCAUUAUUUUGGCAUGAUAGAUCAGCUGUUAGAAGGACAUCAGUGGUUAGAAAUUAAUUUGGGAGUAAAACCAAAGUUUGCUUGGGCUGUGGAUCCAUUUGGGCAUUCAUCUACUAUGUCAUAUAUUCUUAAGAAUGCUGGAUUUUCCAGCAUGCUAAUCCAGAGAAUUCAUUACUCUGUGAAAAAACACUUCUCUGAACAGAAGACCUUAGAAUUCUUUUGGAGGCAGAACUGGGAUCCCAGGGGAAGCACUGAUAUCCUUUGUCACAUGAUGCCUUUCUACAGUUACGAUGUGCCACACACCUGUGGUCCAGAUCCUAAAAUUUGCUGCCAGUUUGACUUUAAAAGGCUCCCUGGAGGCAGAAUCAGUUGUCCAUGGAGAGUUCCCCCAGAAGCAAUUCAUGACGGCAAUGUGCAACGCAGAGCAAUGAUGUUGUUAGACCAGUACAGAAAAAAAUCCAAGCUUUAUCGCAAUAAAGUUGUACUGGCUCCACUUGGAGAUGAUUUCCGUUACAAUGAAGGCUCAGAAUGGGAUCAACAGUUCCAGAACUACCAGAAGCUCUUUGAUUAUAUGAACUCUCAUCCUGAGUUGCACGUAAAGGUGCAAUUCGGGACUUUAUCUGAUUAUUUUCAUGCAUUAUACAAAGCUUCUGGUUUGGAAGAGAGAAAUGCAGGACCGUCAGUAUUUCCUGUUGUGAGUGGGGACUUCUUUACUUAUGCUGAUAGAGAAGAUCACUACUGGAGUGGCUACUUCACAUCACGACCGUUCUACAAACGUCUUGAUAGAAUUUUAGAAUCCCAUUUGAGGGCCGCUGAAAUUUUAUAUUCUUUCGCUCAGGUGCACUCACAAAGAUCAAAGGAUACUCAUGUCUUCCCGUCCACUGGUAACUACAAUCUCUUGGUUGAAGCAAGAAGAAACCUUGGCCUCUUUCAGCAUCAUGAUGCAAUUACAGGAACGUCUAAAGAAUGGGUUGUUACAGACUAUGGCACCAGACUUUUCCAUUCGAUAAUUAACCUUAAGAAAGUGAUAAUUGACUCUGCACAUUUCCUGAUUCUAAAGGACAAGGAUGCAUACAAAGCUGACCCAGCCGUUCCCUUCCUGCAGAUGGAUGAUGUUCAGCCUGUACAAGAUGCUUUGCCACGCAAGACCAUCAUACAGUUAUCUGGGUAUCCACGGAAUCUUGUGAUCUACAACCCUACAGAACAAGAACGUUUCUCAGUGGUGUCUGUCUAUGUGAAUUCACCCAGGGUUAAAGUUCUUUCUUCUAUGGGGAAACCUGUUGAGGCCCAGAUCAGUGCUGUGUGGGAGGAUGCUACUAGGACAUCUACCGAUACAUUCCAAGUCUCUUUCUUGGCUCGAGUGCCUCCCCUUGGCUUAAGCAUCUAUAAGCUUAUUGGUGUGUCAGACUCAUCAAGUCAUGCUGAGUACAACUUGUACAUGGUUGAGAAAGAGAGUAUGAAGGUUACUAGAGAUGACAUUUUCAAGAUAAAAGUACUUCACAGUGUUACAACUGGAAUCAGCAUUCAGAAUCCUCAAAUGAAAGUUUGGUUUUCUGAAAAAUCUGGGCUUAUGGAGAAAAUUAAAACAAAGGACGAUGAAAAGGAACAUGAAGUAAAAGUGGAAUUCAUGUGGUAUGGGACAACUACCAGCCGUGAUAAGAGUGGAGCCUACCUCUUUCUUCCUGAUGGGGAAGCCAAGCCUUAUGUUAUUUCAGAAGUACCUGUAAUACGAGUGACACAUGGACGUAUUUUCUCUGAAGUGACCUGCUUUUAUGAACAUGUUACACAUACUUUACGACUUUACAAUGUUCCAGGGCUGGAGAUGCAGUCAUUAGAAAUCGUAAACAUUGUGGACAUCACAAAAGAGUAUAAUCAUGAGUUAGCCAUGAGGAUAACCUCAAAUGUCAAGAGCCAAAACCGUUUCUUUACUGACCUAAAUGGAUUCCAGAUUCAGCCAAGGAGAACACUGGCAAAACUACCUCUUCAAGCAAAUUUCUAUCCCUUGACCACUAUGGCAUAUAUUCAGGAUGCCAAUCUUCGGCUGACACUUCAUUCUGCUCAGUCCCUAGGAGUUUCAAGUCUUAAACCUGGCCAGCUGGAAGUUAUUAUGGACCGAAGGCUUAUGCAGGAUGACAACCGUGGACUCGGCCAAGGUCUUCAAGAUAAUAAGAUCACAGCUAAUUUGUUCAGAGUACUGCUGGAAAAGAGAAGUGAAGUAGAUGAGGGAGAAAUCAAGAAGCCAGUUAGCUAUCCUUCCCUGUUGAGUCAUGCAACAUCAAUGUUUCUGAAUCAUCCAGUUAUUCCCAUGGCUGUUCACCUGAACUAUAACUCUGUUUCUUUGCUGAAUGAGUUUUCACCACUAAAAGCAUCCAUGCCUUGCGAUAUGGAGAUAGUUAAUCUCAGGACAAUACAGUCCAAGGAAAACAUGGGACCAUCAGAUGAAGCAGCCCUAAUACUCCACAGGAAGGGUUUUGACUGCAGGUUCCCUAACAAAAAUACAGGACUGGUGUGUUCUACUACUCAGGGCAAGAUUUCCGUACAGAUGCUAUUUAAGGAACUGAAAACUGAACGUUUCUUGUCUAUGUCCUUAUCUUUGAUGUAUUCAGCUCCAGAUAACAGUAAUGUCAAGGAUAUUCAGCUAAAUCCCAUGGAAAUUGCCACAUUCCAAAUCCAGCUAAGAUGAACCAAACUAAAAAACCUUGUGCUUGUUUUAAAGCCGAACAACUGUUAGGCAGUCUGCAAUUAAGACAUAUUUUUCACAGUGUGAGAGGCAAUAAAAGCACAAUAUUAUGCAGAUUUCUGGAUACUGUGAGAAAAAGAAACAUCUGGAAGUUUUUUCCUCUUCCUCUUUUUUCUUCUACUUUGACUGAUGCAGCAAAAGCCAUGUAAUCUGAUCACUUUAUUUGAAAUAUGAUUUUUUUGUGGAUGUGUAUUUCUUUUUCAUUGCAUAAUCGGGAUGCCUUUCUGAGAUGCUGAUCUUUUGUUGAAUGAAAUCUCAGGUUAAGUCUUGCUGGAUUGCUCCAUUUCAGAAGGAUUGUAGCUGCAUAAUUACCCUGGAUAAAAUCAUUGGGUUUCUUGCUAAACUGGAAUGAAGCACCUGGGUCAUUGAUUUUGGCUGUGUGAUUCUAAUAUAUAUGAUGACCAAAAUUAUUUUGACGAAUAGAUUCUGUAAGUGCAACCUGGGAGCACAUUGGGCCAAAUCAUCUGUUCUUCUUCCCUGUGGAAAUGAAAUAUUGGAUGCGGAUUUAGGUGGAAAUGUACACAACUACAUUUGAAGAUAGUAAUAAGAGCAGGAUAGUAAAUUUGCACCAUGUCCUGCAUUAUUACUUAAUCGGGAUGUGUGCAAUUGUAUUACAGUCUCCUAUAGUAAAAGUAGGGGAUUUAAAUGCUAUAGGGAACAGAAGUUGUUAAUUCAAAACAAAAAAAAAAAUGUGUGCACUUCUGUUCCACUGUUGCCAUACAGGGAUCUCUAUGUGCCUUAUUUUUUAAAUCUGUUAUAUGUAAGUACUGUUCACUGUUUAUGUAUGUUUUUCAAUAGUAGUACAUCAUCUGAUUUGAUUGUGUAGACUGAAUUAUAUUCUACAGUACAUAGCAGUUUUAGGCAGUGUUAUAGUGCACAAUCUUCAUGACCAUUUUGAAUGUAUUAUGCUGUAGAGAGAAUGGCAAUUAAUAACUAGAUACAAGGAGGAAAAUACCAUCUUAUUUUUCCUGGCUGUUGUCAUGAAAACAAAAUAUGUGAUGUGAAAUCUUCAUGAAACGUAAUAGAAUAUGCAAAUUAUUGGCUUUUAUUUGGCUAUAGUAAUGGAUGUGUUAUUUGAAGUGUACUGGAGUCAUAGCUGCAGCAGGUGUCAUGUUUACUUCUCUGAUGAACCAGUUGAGUACUGUGCUGUAUUUUGCUUUUGAUAAUAUUUUACACUAAAAUCUGAAAGACAGCAUAAAAAGAUAGCCCACGUAACUUUAUAUCCAUCUGUUAAUGUUUCAUUCAGUCAUGCCAUUAGUUAGAUAUGAGCUGCGUGUUUUUUUCUUCUCUUUGCUGCUGUUAGUUGUCUUAACUCUACACCAGCAGAUUAAUGAAGUAUGUCUGUUCUCUGUGUCAUUUUCAUUCUGAUAGUCUGCAGUAGUUUUCACUUGUGCCUUUAUUCAUUUGCUUUAUUUCUGUAAGAUUUCAUUGUCUUUAGGCUGGGUGGGCAGUUAUUUUCAGGAAUGUACUGUCUUCAGUACUGUGCAAUUAAUUAAUUGUUAGAGUACUGUGGGUGCCAUACCUGCUUCCCAAGCCUUCUUUUGUGGCCUUUUUCUGUUUUUUUUUUUUUUUUUUUUUUUGUAAGUUAGGACAUGAUAGUGUAUGUUUGUUAUACCCUGAAGACCACUGUGUUUUCAAUCAGAGGCCUUAGCUACUUGAACCAGUUGUCUUACUACCAUUCUAUUCUGCUUAAAACGGCUUGGUUCCUUUUGGUAACUAAAGGAAGAGCCUAUACCAGCUUAAAGGCAAUACAGUUUGGAAGCCAGUGUCACUUCUUGUGAAGAUUGUGGUUUACUGGGUUGAAUUUGAAGGAAACAAAAUGUUGCUUCUUCCUAGAAUGCCUUUUUAACUCUGAGUUGUAUAUUAAAGGCCUAUCUCAAAAAUUUGCAAUUUUGUAUUGAGUUGAUUUCAUUUUAGUGACUGCACUAGAAGACAAUGUAUGAGGAAAAUUAUGCAUAAAGUCAUCAUUUCAUUUACAUUAGCCUUCUCCCAUAACUAAUUGAUAGUUUUGUUUAAUGUAGUACCAGCUCCACAUUUUUUAACCCUUAAGUAGGCUCCUAGUUUUAGUGCUAAUACUUUUCUUUGAGGUUAUCAAAUCUUUGUCCUGUUGUGCGUGUUUGCUAGUUCACUGUUUGGGGUCACUGUGUUGGCAAGAACAAUAUCUGAACCAUGCAUGCAAAACUUUAGACAUGGCACAGUAUACAGUUUAAUAUAUACAGCUCAGCCAAUUUUAUGCACAGUACUACAAAAUUUGCCUUCAAAUUGACCUACUUUCAUGAAGAUUCACUGACUUCCCUUGCUAAUCUUGAACCGUUUGUGUGCACAUAGUCAUUAAAAUCUUAUCACUGUAUUGAGUGUAGAAUUUUUGAGCACAUCGCUGUUGAAAGUAAGAGACUGCUCCUCUUUCUUGCACCAAGUUAUGGGUUUUAGUGUUAAUUUGAAAGGCAAGUUUAAAUGCUGGAAACACCUUACUACUUACUGUUCAUUGCAAAGUAACUUUGCUUUUUUGGUGGGUAUUGUUCAUUACAAAGUGACUUUUUUUUUGAUGGACAAAAGAGGUUCAGAAGAUUAAGCUUGUCAUUAUUUUAGUGUUAAAUUCUGCCUAUAAUUAAAAUUCAGUAUAGUAACUUCAUCUGUUUGUUUUCAGUUACCUUUCGGCCUUGCAGUUCUGUAUGUAGUCCUUACAAGUCUUUAAAAACAAAGUUAAACAUGAACUGAAUUUGUUCAGUAUGUCUUGUAAAAUGACGUUUGUUAAAACUACCAGAUUCCAUAGAGGUAGUACUGUGUGCUUCCAAAAUUAUCACCGGUGUUUGGAAUAAGAUAAGAGCUGCAAAUUAACAGCAUUUCUAGUAAAGGAAAAGUUUAGCUACAAAAGUAAACCACUGUGUCAGGCAGGAGGAAUCUUGCCGCCACCUCCUCCUCAGGGAAAACAGCUGUGCAUGUGAGAUUGAAUGUUAGAUGUGCCAGUAUUUUGGAAGAUGAGUGCAGUUAACAUUGUGAAAGCAUUGCAUCUGCCAAGUGAAUCAUCAAAGUGUUAUAGGAUAUUUCCCGGUGGCUUCUGGUGCCUAUCUGGGAAAAUGUGAGAGUGUUUUUGGCCUUUCACUGGAAAAAUCCACUGUGACUAACUUGAAUGGUAAGUCCAAGGAAUUGUAAUAGUCUAAUGUGAAAACAGUGUGGGUAAUAAAGUGAAUAUAUUUAGCAGAAGAAUGUUAACAGUAGGACAUACUCUUUAUGUCGUCUUUUUUUAAUACUGAUCACAGAUUUUAAGUAAGAACUGAAACUGUCAGAAUGGUUUAAAAUCAUUUUAAAAGUAAAUACUUUCUCAUAAUUUCAAUGCAGUUUUCCAUUUAAAACUGUCAAAUGCUGAAUCAUUGUAGUACCUUUGAGCCCUCAUCAGCCCCUUUUUAAUUAUUUUUAAGUUGCUCUACAAUAAAUAGUCUUUGCAAAACUGCUCUUAAGCACAGAAGAUUAAAAUCUAGAAGCCUAUAAUAACAAGUUUGUUUGAAUAAAGAUUUUAAGAAAUUUACCUUUAGAGCUUUGAUAACUGAAUUUUCCGAAAUCCAUUUUGAGAGUACACAUAAUCUGUUUUAGUACAGAGAGUUUUGUUUUACAGAGAUGUUUCCCCAGUUUUGAAUUUUAGCAGUAAUGUCUUGAAACAUAGAACCACUGUUUAACUUGUUGAGAGUUUUAUUAACACAUUGCUGUAAAGAAUCACAAUGUAGUAACUACUACAGUGUCAAAUGGCAUUCAAGUUAAAAUGCAUAAAUGGGCCCAUUUCCCAUUUAGGUGUCAUUAAGCUUGUGUGAGGGUGUUUAAAAUUGACUGUAAUCCAUGUUGGCUCUUGGUAAGCUGUUAAGAAAAGACAUUAGCAAUCUUUAAACUUACAUCUGUUGCAUUAACACCCCUGCAGCUUAUAUGUGUAUAUAAAAUAUAUAUGCACAUAUGGCUUCGUAUCAUUUGCAGGCAUAAUAUUUGUCCAACUUUAAAAUGAAACAUAAAAUGGUUGCAUUUUCAAAUUAUUACUUUUAAGGAUAGAGAAAUACAGGCUUAAAGCUAUUAAAAAAAUAGGCUUACAUCUGGGAAUGGGACUGUACCCCUGCACCCCCACAUCCCUGUUUACUCUGUAUAUUAACUCUUGGGUUGCAUUACCUUGAAAUAAGAGAAGUUUUUGUUUUCCAUGUAUUUUAAAUUCGCCUGCAUCUCCAAAGUAGUUCAGCCACAGAACUUGUAUAUGUAAAAUUUCAGGAGUGUUUUAACAUAGCUCACACAUUGGGGAAGGGGUUGCAAGAGACACAAAGCCCCUCUCCAGAAAUAUCUUUUCCCAGUUUAAAAUUGCUGUGAGCUACAGUUGUAAUUCAAUUUCCUUUGCCAAGACCUUUUCUUUUUUUUUUUUAGUUUCUUUCAUAAUUAUUAAAGUAUGUGUGCAUCAUAACUGAAAUGCUGCUUUAGGAUUUGUGGUCUGUAACCCUUAUGUUGUCUAUAAAGUAAUCCUGACCACAUAAACAGUCUUGGAUGUCUUUGCUGCAUGUCUUCAAUAUCCAGUGAACUGGAUAAAUAACUUUUUGUCCAUGAAGCAGUGAAUAAAAUUUAGAGCCACAUGUAACCUGGCAAUGUUCUGAUUGUAGGAUAUAAAUAAUACAUCCCAAGUCAUGAAGAUUAAGGUGGCUCUAUGGAUGAUCUUGAAAAAGGCUUUUGAUAGUUAAAAAAAUAUAUAUAUGAAUAGAGGAACAAGACUUCCAAGUCAAUUGAAUCCUUAUCUUUCCAACUUAGAUCUGAGUCAGCCACCUGUGAAAUUAUUUACUAACUGAAACCAAUGCAUUUAGGUUGGCAUUUUGAGGAUCAGAUAUUUAAAUUCAUUAUUUUGUAAUCAGCUGACUGGAAUUCACCUUUGUAUCCUUCAUGCAAAUUUUAGGGAGCCACAUAUAGAGUACUGUUUUUCAGUUGUCAUAUACUUAGUCCCACAUUCCUGAUUCACAGCAGGUCAGAAACACCACUGGACAAAACAAGCUUAUGAAAAUGGCCCAGCCCUACAUUGCGCUUCCCAAGUGUUCUAGUCUGAGGUUGCAAGACUUUGAAGAUUACAGCAGUACUUGUUUUCGUGUAAAUCCAAGUACUGCAUUAAUUUCAGAGAUUGUGUGAACCUAGAGUGAAUGUAUUUAGAGUGGAGGUGUGGGGGCACACAGGGUCCUGCUCCCUGCAUAAAUGUGGAUUUUGGUUAUUUAAAAGAACAUGAGCUAUCAAAUGUCCUGUUUGCCACCUUUUGCAUUGCUGUACUCUACUGUACUGUGUAUCUGUCAUUGUUUGUGUUCUCUUUUUGAGAGCUGGAGUUAUGGGAUAGAGUAUACAAACACUGUGCAGAUGGGAGCUGAUACAUUGUAGUGAAUACAUUUUGUAUAUGUAUUUAUGCAGAUGUGUGUGUAUACAUACACGUGUGUGCGUGUGUGUAUGCAUGUGAGAUUGCAUGUUUUGUAUACACAAAUUAUGUUAUUAGGAGCAGCGAUGGAGCAGUACCAUAAUAUAGUUCUAAACGGAAUUCACUUUCAUAGUUUUGUUUAAAAGUGUUUUCAGAUCCAUCAUCCUUCAAAUUAUUAUUAGAAUGUUAUGACCAUCUCUAUAUUGUCUCAUUGGAGAGUUCUAUCUGCUUGUUUUUGAAAGUUAUGUAAUGUAAACAAAAGUUUGUAAUAAUUUCCCUUUGGAAGUUUUUUAUAAUAUUUUGAAAAAUAUACAAUAAUGUGAAAUUAAAUAAAACCAGAUGUUUUAUAAGUGCA